CACUGCUUGUUGCCAUUGAACAGCGCGAAGUUGGAAUGCGUCAUUCAAAUCCCCCGGUUUUGAGGAAAGUCACACUGCUGGUUUGGGGAGGCUAAGCCUCCAUUAAAAUCUCGGUGCUGGUGCCAUUGGGAGUUCUUUCUACUUGGCUGCCUAUCGUGCUGUGGCGUCUGGACUCCUGAGUGAGUGUCUCCUCGUGAUUUGUUGUUCAUUACAUUUAUAUUUCUUGCUGAGAGGCCUGGCAGAUGUCCCAAGAGAGAGAACCAUUUCCUCUAAGGCCUGAAGGGCCUGAGCAAGUAGCUGCAACAGAAGAGAGUCUUUUAGCCCCCCUCCCACAUGAAAAAUGUGAAAAAGAAAAUAUGGAUUUAGAAGACACGGAUCUUUGUAGGAACAAAUGCAUUCAAACUGAUCUAGAAGACCGCUCUAUACUGGAUGAUAACAGCAAUAGUCAACCCAUCAAAGCCCAACCUCAGCGCUUGCCUCAGCCAAAUACUUCAGCACUGGAACAGAGCGAGGAAGAAACUGGCAAGAUACAAAAUGGUCAUGUAGGUCUGAGUAAUAUAAAUGGAAUCCACAAUGGGGUCAAGCAUGUUCCUGCAGAUCACAGAAAGUUAUCUGCUCCCGUUUCACAAAAAAUGCACAGGAAGAUCCAGUCCAGCUUGUCUGUGAGCAGCGAUGGGAGCAAAAAAAGCAAAGUGAGUUCAGCAUAUUCUCAGAAACCAAGCUCUUCACCAGAAGAUUGCUGCGUUCACUGUAUCUUAGCCUGCUUAUUCUGUGAGUUUGUCACACUGUGUAACAUUGUACUGGGACAAGCAUCUUGUGGCAUCUGUAGCUCCGAAGCCUGCUGCUGUUGCUGCACUGAGGAGAUGGGAGAUGACUGUAACUGCCCUUGUGACAUGGAUUGUGGAAUUAUGGACGCCUGCUGUGAAUCUUCAGACUGUUUGGAAAUCUGCAUGGAAUGCUGUGGGAUAUGUUUUCCAUCCUGAAAAACUAUGGUUUAACUGGAAUCCAUUUUUAUGUAAAAAAAAAAACUGAUAUCAGAUAUGUUGACAACAUCCUACUUGCACUGCUACCUGUAUGACUUCUUGUUUUGUACUGGGGAACCAUACAACAGAGAAUUCUUGUGCUAUAUCUGAAAAAUUUUAUAGCGAUAUACAUAGCCGCAUAUCAGAUAUCUGUAGCAACAUUAUAAAAGUACGGUAUGUAUGUUAAUAGUUACAGUACAUUUCAGUGUGGUAGUAUUAUCACAGUUGCAAUAUUUUAUACAGUAUUAUCAAAACAAAUGCACACAACUGUGUGCUGGUGCUUGUUAAGAUAUUUCUCUGUAUUAUGACUUAUAAUAAAAGCAUGUCCCUCUUUCGAAAAAGAAUUGUAAACCUGCAAUGCAAUGCAAAGAGAAUAUAUAUUCACUAGCAGCCUGUUACUAGCCAAAUGUCCAGAAUGCAACCAAUGAAUUUUCUAUGGUCUACAUGCCUAACUCAUGCUGGUAGAGUGAGCAGCUGUUCUAAAUUUACAUCAGGCUCCUAGAAUCAAGUCAAGUUAUACAAAUUGCUUGGAAAUACUCUUCCAAAUUGUUUUCUCUUCAAACAAAUGGUUCAGAAUCUAAAUGUAUAGUCCCUGCUCUAAAAAGAUAUUUCAUAUCUCGUGACAUUGUCUGCAAUGUCCCAUCUAUAAUCCUUUCUUUCACUUUAUUUAGUUUAACAGUCAUCAAUAUGCUAUUGUUUGGAUUACACUCAAAACUUAAAUUGUAUGUGAACAAGAAUGUUCUGGGAUAUCCUUAAAUAUAUUCAAAUCUCAAAAUAUCCUUUGCUUGUGACUUAUGCCUCCGCUAGGCACAGUUUUAGAUUCUUGAUCAGCACACAAUAUUGCUGUAUUUAAAAUUUUGCAUAUUAUGUCUCCUCUUUGCAUGCUUUUUUGAGAUAGUUGGGCUGACAAUCCAAUUUAUGAAGUUUCUCCCAGGUUUUUGUCCAUAUAGCUAGGUCAGUGCUAGCCAUGUUCCAUAUUUUGUCACACACUCCAUUCAUCAAUUCAUUGAUGUUAUAGAUUAUAACAUUCAGUCUUCACAUGGGCACAAUCUUUUUGUUAAAAUUGGCACAAUCUGAUCUGGAGCAAGGAUGAGUGAAAACUUUUGCUAAGGAUCAUAUCAAGUCUAGCGUGUAGUCUUUGGCCUAGGGGUCUACAAGGGUCCCCAUGUAAUCCAACUAUUUACUACAUGUCCAAGCAGUCAUAGUAUAGUUUGGCUGGCCAAGAUUUUCUUCUUCAGUGUCCUUCAUAAAUGAGUGGAGUUGGGGUAAUGGAUGAUUAUGGAAUAAAAAAAGCACUCUCUCUCUCUAAGGCAAGGUAAAAUUUUAAGCAAAAAUAGCAAUGAUUUCAUAAUUUCAAUACAUUUAAAUAAAUCACAGACAUCUGGAAUACCUGGAUGUGAGUUUCAGAUAAGCUAUUUCUUUUACUUACAGCACUAUUCUUAAAAUGAAAACAUUAAAAACCCACUAUGAAUGUUUUUUGCUAUGAACAUGGAUUCAUGCUAGGUUAGUAAAGCAAAGUUUUAGAUCUGAUCUAGUAUCAGCAGUCUGCAAUUUCUGUAAGGGUAUAUUGAAAAUAUUAAGCUAAUUCUUUCCACAAUGCUCUGUUUUUUACCCAGAAUUCCACUGUUACUUUGCCCACCGCUGGGCAUACAUGAUUACAGAAAUAGUAUAGUCAUUAACCAAGUCAAACAACCAUUGGUGUUCCUUUGCAUGACCUGUAUUUGCAUAUGAUUUAAUGCCCGAUCAACAACAGAUGAAAACUACAGGAAACUUUUGCAUCCACAGUACUUUGCAAAGUUACAGAUUAACUCUAACUCUUACCUCUACAUGCUGCAGUGACAAGACACAAGAGUUUUAUAGCUUUCUUGCAGAUCAAGAAUUCACACCAUUUAGGCCCAUUAGCAAUAUAACAGGAGACGCAAAUAAAGCAGAUUAAGCAGAUAAAGUUUUGCCACCUCUAAGGAUUCAUACAGCUUCCAUCAAGUACAAGGUAAUGUUUUAUUAUGACAAAGAAAACCUAAAUACUUCAAAUUAGAAUUAUUUGCUUAAAAUUGAGUCUAUGGAUGAUGACCUUCCUGUAAUUCUGAGCUUUCUGGGUAACAGGUUUCUGGAUAAGGGAUCUCGUGUAUAUAUAUAUAUAUCAACUCUUCAUUAUGUUGUGGUGUAGAAGAUACUGUUCUCACAUACUUUUUAUGCAUUGUAUAAAGAGGAUCUAAAUUCAGGAACAAGGCGUACUUAUUGAGCCAUUUGGAAAUGAGCAUGUUGAGCCAUGUUACAGUACAUUGGCUGUGGCUUUGCCUAGACAGGCGCGCUGCCAACCUUCUAGCAUGGUAAUUGGAAUAUCUUUCUUACUUAAACACAGUGACAAAUCGUAACCUUUAUUGUUAAGUGCCUUAAAGGAAAACUACACCACCAGAAUAAAUGCUUACAAUGGAUAGUAUAUAUCAUAUUCAGUGGCCUAUUAAAUAAUCUUACCAAACUGGAAUAUAAAUAUCAGUUACUAUUACACAGAAAAUGGACUGUGUAACUAUGUAACUACUUGUUAUCUGCAGCAUAUAACAUUUCUUUUACAGGAAAUCAAAUUAUACUUGUCCAAACAUUGUUUAUGUAAAGCUAUGGUAAAGUUACUGUAUAUUCAUUAGAUACAGAAAUAAUAAUACCAACUGCUCUAUUUCUAGCAACUGAAUUUUAAUAUGCUACUGUUCUGCUCUAGAAUGUUUAGCAAUUGUAUCAUUUGUCUCUGUAGCAGAGAAUACAAAUGUAUAGAAAAUGCAAUUUUUACAUUAUAUUUGCCUUCUUACUUUUCAUGUUAGCUUUCCUCUAAAAGAAUCUUUUGCACUCACAGAUGUGCGUAAACUAAAAUUUUAAAAUGUGAACAUGUAUGUUAUAAAAGGGUUUCAGAUUUAAUGAACUCAAAUCAGUGCUUACUGUUAAUUUUUCUUAUUUCAUUAUUUAACUGUAGAAUACAAUAACUUUUUACUAGGAUCCUAAAUUUGAUGUUUUCUAAUCUUACGUAACUGGAUAUACUGUAUGACACUAUUUUAAAAUAAAGAAAUUUAUUUUAA